CGCUGAAGAGUCGUUUUCAUAUCUCAACUAGAUUUGUUUCUUGCAGGAGUAGCAGCUUGUUUCGAUUCGAUCAUUUCCGAGACGACAUUUCUAUACUUAGUCCGACGCCUGUCAUGUCUCUCCCCAUUCCUCCCUCGUCCGCGGCAACGGGCCGACCGUACCGAUCACUAUCCGCCAGCGAAGCACUUACGCCACUUAUUGCAACAACAUACACAACUCCAGACAUAAUCUGCUACAUCAACGGGAGGAGAACUAUUAUCAGCAAUCCAAAUCCGACUUGGACUCUAUUAGAUUACAUACGUGCGCAGCCCAAUCUCAAAGGAACCAAGUUGGGGUGUGGAAGUGGCGGCUGUGGCAGCUGCACGGUAGUGCUACAAGUAAAAUCAGAGAAGAGAAGGAUCAAGCAUCUGUCUGUGAACGCUUGUCUCUUUCCCCUGGUGGGAGUCGACGGCAAACAUGUCAUCACCAUUGAGGGGCUUGGCAACGUUGACAGGCCACACCCUCUACAAGAAAGGAUAGCGAAGCUGCAUGGGAGUCAAUGCGGCUUCUGUACUCCAGGUAUUGUGAUGAGUCUAUACGCGGUGAUCAGGAAUUCUUACAAUCCCGAGACGAAGAAGUUCCAUUUGAGUGCACGUGAAAUUGAGAUGGAAGGCCAUUUAGAUGGGAACCUUUGCCGGUGUACGGGGUACAAACCUAUUUUGAACGCUGCGAAGACAUUCGUCACAGAAGACUUGAAGGGCCAGCUAGCUGAGGAAGACGAGCGAGUUGUCGCGGAUUCUGAAAAGUUCGAGAAAGAAAUCCACCAUAUGAAGAGCAGUGGUUGUGUAGGUCUUUCGAAGAUCUCUUGUGGACGGCCAGGCGGUUGCUGUCGAGAUACGACGUCUGACAGUAGUUCGAAUGAUAGCAAGUCAGAUGCGUCCUCACCCCUGACAGAGAUGACAGAGCCGGCCAUAAGUUCGGACGAUGAACACAUCGUUGCAAUUAUCAAUGCCAAAAGUCAAUCAAACCAGGACCCUAGUGUUAGCGGAGCAACUUACGCAAAACCUAUAAAGAGCAAAGAGCGUGAUGCACUUGUUGGGACCAAGACUUCGACGUCGCUCGACACCUCCAUAGCAUCUUCAGAGAAAGGAAUACCUAGGAUAGAGCUCAAGGAGUACGUCCCAGAUACAGAGCUCAUUUUCCCACCGGCACUCUGGAAGUACGAGCAGCAGCCAUUGUGUUUCGGUAACGAGAAGAAGAUCUGGUUUAGACCAACCAAGCUAGAGCAGUUGGUUGAGCUGAAACAUGCUUAUCCAUCCGCGAAGCUUGUUGGUGGCGCCAGUGAGGUGCAGAUCGAAGUACGGUUCAACAAUUCCGAGUUCGCUGUCUCUGUAUACGUGUCAGACAUCGCGGAGUUGAAACACACCAAGCUCCCGUCAGAUGCAGAGCUCGACACUGCCGAGGAACUUGUCAUUGCUGCAAACACUCCGCUGACUGAACUGGAGGCAAUUUGCAAGGAAGUCUACGCCAAGUUGGGCAAGCGCGCCAUGGUACUUGAAGCUCUACGUAAACAGCUUCGAUACUUUGCUGGCCGUCAGAUUCGAAAUGUUGCGUCUCUGGCAGGCAACAUCGCCACAGCAUCGCCGAUUUCCGACGCGAAUCCUGUUCUGCUAGCAGCAGGUGCGACCCUCGAGGCUGUCAACAAGAAAGAUGGCAAAAUCGAUCUCCCGAUGUCAAGCUUCUUUGUUGCUUACCGAACGACGAACCUCCCUGCUGAUGCUACUCUCUGCCGCAUUCGUAUACCUCUUCCUCCCCACAAUUCAAGAGAAGUUCUGAAGGCGUACAAGCAAGCCAAAAGAAAAGACGAUGAUAUCGCCAUUGUCACAGCCGCAUUUCGCGUAAGGCUCGACUCAGAUGGUGUGGUUGAAGACGUUUGUUUAGCAUAUGGCGGUAUGGCACCAACCACGAAAGAUUCGCCCAAGACUCAGAAAGCUCUCAUCGGCAGGCGAUGGUUUCAUUCAGAAACUCUGGACGCUGCUCUCACCGCUUUACUCGAGGAUUACGACCUCCCAUACACUGUCCCAGGUGGGAUGCCGACCUACAGGAAGACUCUGACCCUUUCAUUGUUUUUUCGCUUCUGGCACGAAUCUGCCGCAGAGUUUGGUCUCGGCAACGUUGAUGAUCAGGCUGUAGACGAAAUUCAUCGUGCCAUCUCUGGAGGUACUCGUGACGAUUAUAAUCCCUACGAACAACGCAUCGUUGGCAAGCAAAUUGCCCACCUAUCAGCUUUGAAGCAGUGUACCGGUGAAGCAGAGUAUCUUGACGAUAUGCCACGUCUUGACCGAGAGCUAUUUGGUGGUUUGGUCAUGUCAAGCAAGGCACAUGCGAAUAUUCUUAGCACCGACUAUGAACCAGCGCUCAAGCUACCUGGGGUAGUUGGGUAUAUCGAUCGGAAUAGUAUUCGCGAGGGCGUGAAUAUCUGGGGCUCAAUCAGGAAAGACGAACCUUUCUUUGCGGAGGACAAAGUGCUAUCUCACGGACAAGUCAUUGGUAUGGUAUAUGCUGAAACUGCGCUCGAGGCUCAGAUGGCUGCAAAGGCUGUCAAGAUCGAAUACGAGGUUCUGCCACCCAUCUUGACUAUCGACGAAGCUAUCGCAGCAGAUUCUUUCUUCGCACAUGGAAAGUUUUUGAGGAAAGGACUGGCGAUUGACGACAAAAUGGAAGAAGCUUUCGCACAGUGUGAUAAGAUCUUCGAAGGUGUCACCAGAAUGGGCGGUCAAGAACACUUUUACCUGGAAACCAAUGCUGCACUAUCUGUGCCAUCAGGCGAGGAUGGUGCCAUGGAGGUUUGGUCUUCAACACAGAACACUAUGGAGACGCAGGAGUUUGUAAGCUCAGUCCUGGGUGUACCUAGCAACCGCAUCAAUGCCCGCGUCAAACGUAUGGGAGGAGGAUUCGGGGGCAAAGAGUCUCGCAGUGUUCCGUUUGCUGUCUACACCGCUGUCGCCGCCAGGAAAGAAAAGAGACCGGUUCGGAUCAUGCUCACCCGCGAUGAAGAUAUGCUACUGAGUGGUCAGCGACAUCCAUUCCAAGCACGCUGGAAAGUCGGAGUCACGAAUGAGGGCAAAUUGCUCGCUCUUGAGGCCGACGUCUAUAAUAACGGCGGCUUCUCUCAGGAUAUGAGUGGGGCGGUUAUGGACAGAUGUCUCACGCACUUCGAUAACUCGUACGAAUGCCCGAACGUUUUCUUGCGAGGUCAUGUCUGCAAGACCAACAUACACAGCAAUACCGCGUAUAGAGGUUUUGGCGCGCCGCAAGGAAUGUACUUUUCCGAAACUAUCAUGUACCACGUUGCCGAUGGACUGGGCAUGGAUGUGGAUGAGUUGCGAUGGAGGAACUUGUAUACGCCUGGUGAACACACGCCUUUUUUCCAGAAAAUCGAUGAAGAUUGGCAUGUCCCUAUGCUACUCCAACAACUCAAUAAAUCCGCCGACUACGACAACAGGAAGAAAGCUGUCGCAGAUUUCAACACCAACAAUCGUUGGAAAAAGCGCGGCAUCUCCCUCAUCCCUUCCAAAUUCGGGCUAAGUUUUGCCACCGCCCUGCAUCUCAAUCAAGCUGGGGCGUAUAUCAAGAUUUAUCAUGACGGCAGUGUGCUAUUGCAUCAUGGCGGGACAGAAAUGGGUCAAGGUCUGUACACGAAGAUGUGCCAGAUCGCUGCGCAAGAGCUUGGAACUCCGCUCGACGCGAUUUACACGCAAGACAGCCAAACAUACCAGAUUGCAAACGCUUCGCCUACCGCUGCAUCUUCUGGCUCAGAUCUGAAUGGCAUGGCGGUGAAGAAUGCGUGCGACCAGAUCAACGAGCGGUUGAAGCCGUAUCGUGAGAAACUGGGUCCCGAUGCACCACUCAAAGAUCUCGCGCAUGCCGCGUACUUGGAUCGUGUCAACCUCGCUGCCAAUGGGUUCUGGAAGAUGCCCAAAGUUGGAUAUACAUGGGGUGAUACAAAUCUCGAAACUGUUAAACCUAUGUACUAUUACUGGACACAGGGUGCUUGCUGCUCGGAGGUAGAAGUUGAUCUUCUCACGGGAGAUCACACUGUUCUGAGAACGGACAUUAUGAUGGAUGUGGGUAACUCCAUAAAUCCCGCCAUAGACUACGGUCAGAUUGAAGGCGCCUUCGUCCAAGGCCAAGGUCUCUUCACUAUGGAAGAGACUCUCUGGACACGAGAUGGCCAACUCUUUACUCGCGGACCUGGCACCUACAAGAUUCCAGGCUUUAGCGAUAUCCCGCAGAUCUUCAACGCCUCUCUCCUACGCAACGAUAACGAAGGCAAACCCCUGUCUUGGAACCACUUAAGAAGUGUCCAGAGUAGUAAGGGUAUCGGGGAGCCGCCGCUGUUCAUGGGUAGUACAGUAUUCUUUGCGUUGAGAGAGGCGGUGAAGGCCGCAAGAGAGAUGAAUAAGGCGAGCAACGUGGGGUGGGGAUUGGACAGCCCCGCGACGGCGGAGAGGUUGAGACUAGCUGUGGGCGAUGAGUUGAGUAGGAUGGCAAGGACCGAGAGAAAGGAGGGCGAGACUAGUUUCCUGGUCGCCGUCGCAUAACAACCUUUCAUUGGGCUAUGGUGAAGAUAAGCCAGUGUAUUGACUUUACGAAUGCAAUUGUAUCUCCGCAUCUUAUUCGUAUUUAUUCGCAAGUAACUUUUUGAUGGGGAAUCUUCAAGAGGUGUCGGAAAUUCAAUUUAAUGUU